AUGGACCGAGGGACGAAGACAUACGCGGGCACUGGAGAAACAACAGAAUGGGAAGACAUUCUAAUCAAACGAGGCAUCAUUGCUCCAAAGAACAAAGCUCCUGUGGAAGAAGAAGUUGAAAGUUCUGAUGAUGAAGAUCCUCGUGAAAAUGCUACUUUAGAUGAACUUGAUGAAAUGGAUGAUGACUAUGAUGAAGAUCAAGCUCUUCAACGUAUUCGUGAAAAGCGUAUUGCUGAAAUGAAAGCAAUGGCUGCACGAAAUAAGUUUGGUGAUGUUCAACCAAUUUCAAAGGAUGAAUGGACACGUGAAGUCACAGAAGCAAGCAAGGAAUCCUGGGUUGUAGCCUAUUUGUGGGAAUCCAGUGUCGAAGGUUGCAAGCUUAUGGAUCAACUUUUGCGAGCUGUUGCUGUCAAGCAUCGUGAUGUUAAAUUUGUGUCUAUUCAAUCGCAAGUUUGCAUUGAAAAUUGGCCAGCACGAAAUUUGCCAACCUUGUUUUGCUACAAGAAUGGAAAUCUUGCAACUCAAAUGUUGACUCUCAGCAAACUGAAGGGAUUAAACACACGUGUUGAAGGUAUGCAUUUUAUCCAAACGAUUGUAUUCUAA